ACGAGCUCUUUGUUGCUUUCACCCGGCACUUGGCACUAGAAGUUAACAGCAGAUUGGAAAUUGCUAGGAUCUUAGCAAGCUGCUUCUAGCUGUGUGUGUGUUUGAGCAGAGGGAACUCUCGACCGAUCAAGAUCCCGUACUCCGGACGAGGCGUGGAAGACACUGGACGUGGUGGGAGAUCCCAGGCCGGGAUGCCCUUUCUUUCCUAGACGCUCACUGCCGUGACGGUGUCACCCGAGGCACGUGGGACCAGCGCGCUGUGAGCAGCCUGAACGAAUUUGCCACCGACUCCUGCUGGCUGCAAAGGGGACUGGACAGCUCUCCUUGGGGUGAUAUCUGACUCGGUUGUGUUUGUGUGAGGCGUACUUGGGGAGGCAAGAGGGGGCAGUGUGUGCCUUUUGGUAGAGGAUUUAAAAGCAGGGCAGGAGUGUCCCUAAAUUAAAAGCCCCGGGGUAACCACUAGGGCUUUACCUCUAGCUCUGUUGCGUUGCUGCUUGGUUUAGCCUGCUCACGCCACAGGUACCAUGCAACUGGAUAGCGUCACCAAUGGGAGCGUCCACACCUUCCAGGGGCACCGUGGAGUAGUCAAUAAGCCCAAUGUGAUCCUGCAGAUAGGGAAGUGCAGGGCUGAGAUGCUGGAGCAUGUCAGGAGGACCCACCGGCACCUCCUCACGGAGGUGUCCAAGCAGGUGGAGCGGGAGCUGAAAGGCUUGCAGAAAUCAGUGGGGAAGCUAGAGAAUAACCUGGAGGACCAUGUCCCAUCCACGGACAACCAGAGGUGGAAAAAGUCCAUCAAGGCCUGCCUGGCCAGAUGCCAGGAGACCAUUGCUCACCUGGAGAGGUGGGUUAAAAGAGAGAUGAAUGUCUGGAGGGAGGUGUUCUUCCGCCUGGAGAAAUGGGCAGACCGGUUGGAGUCUAUGGGGGGCAAAUAUGGCCCCACAGACCAUGCCAGACAAACUGUCUCUGUUGGGGUGGGUGGCCCGGAGAGCAGGGGCAAUGACGGGGAGAUUUACGAUUACGCCCUUGACAUGAGCCAGAUGUACGCAUUGACUCCCUCUCCCGGGGAGAUAACUAGCAUGCCCCAGCCCCACGACUCCUACCAGUGGAUCACUGCCCCGGAGGAUGCUCCGCCCUCCCCCGUGGAGACCCAGAUCUUUGAGGACCCUCGGGAGUUCUUGAGCCACUUGGAGGAAUAUUUGAAGCAGGUGGGAGGGACUGAGGAGUACUGGCUCUCUCAGAUCCAAAACCACAUGAACGGCCCAGCUAAAAAGUGGUGGGAAUACAAGCAGGACUCAGUCAAGAACUGGGUGGAGUUCAAGAAGGAGUUCCUGCAGUACAGCGAGGGCACUUUGACCAGAGAUGCCAUCAAAAGGGAGCUGGAUCUACCCCAGAAGCAGGGGGAACCCCUGGACGAGUUCCUCUGGCGAAAGAGAGACCUGUAUCAGACACUCUACACUGAUGCAGAGGAGGAGGAGAUUAUCCAGUAUGUGGUAGGCACCCUCCGGCCCAAAUUCAAGCGCUUCCUGAGUCACCCCUUGCCCAAGACCUUAGAGCAGUUGAUUCAGCGGGGGAAGGAAGUCCUAAGUGACUUCGACCAGUCAGAAGAGCCGACCCCGCAAAGAACCCCAGAGCAUCAGCCAGGGGACUCAGUUGAUAGCUUGCCACCGUCAAACACAGCUAGUCCCAUUGCCAGCGAUGAGACGCAACCCGAGCCCCCUACCCCACCAGCUACAGUGAUAUGAGGUAGUAUAAGUAUGGGAUUGGCCUGUAUUAUACAAAGGUGUGGAGGGGGCUGAUUUAGGAAGCUUCUCCUUAGCAAGAGGUUCUGGCUGUGACCUGUCAUGGCUGAACUCAGUCCAGUGGUCCUCAGCAGAGGAAUGAACUUUAUUUACAGAUGGGCCAUGUGAGAACGUAGCUGCCCGCCUCACCCAAGUCAUGUGACAGGGUGGGGGCAAGUCUGAGGAUACUAUUUUAACCACUGUGGGGUGGACAGUUUUAUGAUAUUCCCAGUAGGAAGCUAGACAGUUCCCCCCUGCAGAGGCAGCCACCCUAUGCUGGCACCUUUCAAGGACUUCAAACAGGUGCAGCUAAUGACCAAGAGUUCCCACCUACCCACCUGUCUCGUAUCCUCUGGAGAGGGGUCCCCUUCCUCAGUGGAACAUCUUUGUUUUGACUCUUGCCCAUCUCUGCCUUACUGACGGGGCUUUGUCCACCCAAGAGGAAGCCACUGGCUUCUGCUUCCCUUGCACUCUCCCACCAUAGCUUCAGGGAGGAAACUUUUUAAAAGUUCAUAAUGGUUUUGAAGUGAGCCUAGAGAUGCAGCAAAUGGCAACUUUAAUGGGUUUGAUCAAUUUUACCACCUGCUGUUGUAUCUCAUCUGGCACCUGCUCUCAUUUUUCAUCCCAGUGGUUCUCUCCCAUUCUCGGCUCUUUCUCUCCCCAUGGGUGACCCAUGCCAACUGGCUGUUGCAGCAACAAGGGAAAUUUCAUCCCAUGUCUGCUGCUAUCACGGGGAGGGAAGCCCAAACUCACUCCCCCACCAUCCUUCCAGGUGGCAAUUCAGCACGUGCUGUUUCACCACUAGACUGGGCACAACUAAACCUUUGUUUCUUGCUGAAUCUCUAUCUCAGAUUCAGGACCAGGCAGAUUAAUGGGGAUAAACCAGAGAUCUUUCUACUUUGGGGGAUGUGAAAUGGGGCAAUCAGACAAGGCACCAACAUUGUACAGGGGUAAAUUCCUAUUUUUUUUUAUAUCAAACAAACACACCCUGAACUCAGAGCAAAUUUCCCCCAAGCAGCAAAGCAAGGCCCCUCCAUUGGAGAUGCCAGGACAGUAGGACAUCAGAAGUCCGUUUCUGUGGGACUUUGCCACAGGAAAGCAGAAACAAAGUUAAGAGGCUUCUGUGCUUGCAAAGAAGACUCCUUUAUGGCAGAUCUACACACACGUUGCUUUUGGAAGGUCUGAUGUCCUAGGUAUGAGGAGUCCGAUGGCUCAGUUGUGUCUAAAACUGCUGGACUUUCUAAACCAGCCCCUUCGUUCUGCAAGCUGGUACUAGAUGGUACUGGAAUUGGGCUCUGUGCUACUUUUCCACGUUAAAUAUCAAAGACCAGAACUGGCUGCACUUUGACUAAAGCAUGAAGAUGUGACUCUGAGACAGGACAUUUGGACCUUCUUGCUCGUCAGGCCUGGGUAACAUACUGAGGAAGGCUUUACUGGGCGUGUGCCAGCAACAGUGCCCUACCCCACUGACAGCUGCACUUCAGCAACUGCAUAGUAUCCAUGACCUGAUUUAAUAGGCAGCAUCAGCAUGUGAGAGGAAAAGAGAAACUACAAGGAGUAGCUGGAAUUUCCCUGGGACUCCGCAGCUGCCCAGGUGGCUCUGAAAGCCUUUGGGUGUGACACCUUCCCAGAGGCUGAAGUGACUCACUCAGCCCCUCCUCUGAAGAAUUCACUCCACACUGCUUCUAGCACAGAAGAAAAGAGGCUUGAAUUCCAAGGGGGAGCAGAUGUCAGAAUUCAAAGCCACCGUGUGCCUCAUCUGGAGUCCUGAGGGAAACACCCAGACCAGGGAUUGCUGCUACUGUUGCUGAGACUCUUUCCGUGUGGCUGAGAGCCGCUGCUUCCACUGGGAAGAAUGGGGAGCUCAGUGCUCCCAGAAGAGCCUUCUGCCAGAGAAAGAGGUGGUGGGAUGAAAGAGCAAUUUUAAAGACACAGCGAUAAAGAGACGAAGAGGGAACUACAUCCGCUGAGCAGAAAAAACUCCAGGGAUUGCACUGGCCAAAGCUGGGCCAAGCUGAAUAGAGCAAGCUCUGUAUGGAAGGAAAGACAAAAGAGGGCAUGAAGGAACAAGGUGGUCCUUGGACUUUGGGGACAGCAGAGGCGCUGGAGUUGUGCUGUAACUGAGCAAUACUCCCUGCUGAUUUAGGCGUAACUGCACCUGGGGAUUUGGAGGCUGAUGGGGGCUGGAGGAAAGAAUUGAUCCUUGGAUGCAAACUAAAAUCCUGCUCUGAUUCAAUUUGCUGAAAGUGACAGAUCCAAGCGGGCUGAGAACUCUCCUGGUUGUUAACAUUUUAACUCAUUUGACCUGACUGCGGGUAGUUUCAUUUCAUGCAGGUAGCCGUGGUCAAACUGCAAUAGCUUUGGGGGUUCAGAAAAGCAUCCUGGAAGCCAGAUGCUUGUCUGAACAAUGUGAGUCUGCACAACUGGGCCAGUCAGCUCACAAGAACAGACCCUCUUGUGAGAUAAUAGGCAUUUCCUGCUUCUGGAUGGGCCAGAAUUACUGCAAGAACUGGGCUUCUUGUGCUACUUUGGUGCUUUUCUUUCCAGCCAGAACCAGGAAGUGGAAUGGUGUGUGAAAAACAAUCAUGUGAGUGAAAAUUGACCCAACUUUUUUGAACUUCAAGAAAGUUUUGCUUCAUGUGUUGGGUGAAGGGUCAGGUUGGUUCUUAUUUCUUCCAAAUCCACCUGUCCCAUGUGUGUGUGUGUGUGCGCAUGUGCUGAGCAACCAAAUCAAUCCCAAUAACCAAAUUCUACAGCAUUUUGUUACAUUUUGACUGAACAAAUGAUAUCUGAUGCAUACUCCAACGAUCAGUCAGCAAAAAUCCCCAGGGACCAGAUUGUGUGGAUGCCACAGGAAGCUGGCAGCUAGGUAGACCACCGGGGUAAAAAUCCUUUGUUUUGCAGUGCUCAGUACGAAGGCUUUUUCAGGGACCCCCAAUAUCCACUGGCAUUGUCUUUUGGCAUUUUCUUUUCCUGAACAUUUAUUCUCACUUUGCUAAAUAAAUGAAGCGAACCGAGCCAUGGCACCUUUUGGCCCUGGGAUUUUUGUCACCUGACCUUUAGAAGUAUGCAGAACUGGAUCUCUGGUACUGGUUUUAUUCCACUGGUUGCUCCUAGCAGAUUGGAGCUUUACUUGUAGCACCCCGAUUUAUAUAAUCAGCUCUUCUUGAAAGAACUGAUAGUACUUCUGUCCCGGGGCAGACUGGCAUGUGUGAGUUAGUGUGCGUUGUGUCUGUGGAACCUAAACAGAACUCUACUCCUGUAUAAUUUUCUUAGGCAAUUUUACAUUUUAACUCUGACAAAGCUGCUACAUAGGUUUAUUUUUACUAUAGAUCUUAUUAAUUCAGACGGUAUUGUAUAAAAGGUGACUCUGUGGAGCCAUUACGGGCCUCUUUAUUCACUGUAUUAAGUUGGAAGCCAAAGGUCUUUGCACGGUGAAAUAACUUGACCUAAUUCUGACUGUAUCUGCUCGUUUAUCCCUCAUGUGUCACCUUGGAGUUACUGACUCACCCAAACGGUGUCAGUCGCUAGAAUCUGUCAAUAGAACAACACCCCAUUCUGUUUGCCAUUGUAGUAAAGUCUAUUCUUAGAAAAGAGCCUUUUGUAGAUUUAUUUAAUAAAAUGCUGAA